AUGCCUCCUAAAAAAAGAAACAGACCAUCUAUAAAGAAGAAAAAGGUUCAAAUAAUAAGAACGCGCUUGAUCGAAAUAAGUCUUAAAGUGGAAGACCUAAUUUACCAUAAGAAGCCUAUAUCAGAGGCUGAAGCAGAAAUGUUCAUCAAUGAAGUGACUUCGUAUCAAAUAGAAUGUUCUCAGGAUGAAAGAUCAUUGCAGGUCAUUGAAAAACUAAUGAGAUGCAUGAAAGCAAUAAUCGCUGAACGUCAAGAAGGAAGACUUGAUGAUGAUAACACUGAAUGCGAAGGUUAUCACUUAUGUAAUGGCUCUGCAUCUCCGGUCUAUUCAUUACCUGAUGCAGACAGAACUCAAAUGUCACAACAAUUACAAGUACAAGCCUCUGUAAAUUUUGUCAGAGAAGAAGACGUAACAAAAAUGGAAGAUUGUUGUAACAACCAUUUAAAUGAAACUGAAUUCGACCAAGAUACACAAAUUUAUGAUCUUGUUAGCAGUGACAAUGAAAUAGACAAAAUUAGUUUUACAGUUCCAAGCGCCAGUACUAAAAAUAUGAGAACUAUCAAUGUGGAAAUACACAAAGCUCUUUCAAAUUUAUCUUUAAAGGAUGUAGAUCAAGACAAAAGCAUGUCUCCUUACAUCGAAAGUUCGCAAAGCAUAUUAAAAGGCUUUCAUGAACUAGAUAACCUGGAUCCUAACUGUACUUUAAAUUUAGAAUCUAGGAACGGAAAAAAUAUUUGUGAUGAUUUAAAAAUUAUUGAAACUAGAGAUCAACAAACAGAAUCACAAGAUCUAGUAACUGAAUUACCUCCUAGUCUUGUGACUGUCCACCCGCCAAGUCCAAUAAUAAAAUCUGGAAUUAUCGAAGACAGAACAAAGGCGGCAGAAGAAGUUAAUAAAAACUUGAAUAUAGCUAAACAGCCGAUGCGUACCAACUCCAAUGUGAACAACUCUUUUAAUUAUGUUAGACCGGGUGACGACUUUAAUGUUAUAUCUGUUCAAAACUUUGCUCAUAAUGGCUUAAGUGCCAAAAUUUCAACAAAAAAAUUGAAAGACGGUGCCUUUAAAAGUAUCCCAGUGAUAUUUAAUAAAAAAAUAGAAAGCAAAAACAUAAAUGUUACAGAGGCUCAUCCAUUUGAAGGAAAUCACGAUAUUACAAACUUAGGCUCGAAUCUGAAGACAAAACUCCAAGAAAAUAUUACAAAUACGAAUCCUGUUAUUACUUUAAAAAAGAAGAGAAAUCCUCGCAAAAAGAAAGUAACAGGAAACAAAGAAGAAAAAGAUAAUAUAAUAUCCAAAACUUUAGUUACUAAGAGUAACGACACUGAGAAAAAGAAAAUAAUAAAACCGACAAAGAGACGAACAAAUUCAAGAAAGAACAAUCAAACUGAAGAAAAAGAUUCUUCUCUUGCAAUAUACAACAAGAAUGUAGAAAAUGAUCUGUCUUGGUUAGAGGGUAUUAGAUUUGUUAGAGAGGUCGGAGAAGAUGAAUACGACAGUAAAUUAACAAAUUUAAAUGAAGACUUUUGGGAUAAUUAUUAUUUGCCACCCAAUUUUGACGAUUUGGACUUUCUUUAG